AAUCAUGGCGAGCACGUCGAGGUCUGUUUUCCUGUUUUCUAUUUAUUCACGCACAUUAUCUGACAAAUAAAUUUGCGUAUAAUAUCGUUGAAUAUUGUUAAUAGCUAAAAUAAUGCUACAAUCGAAGCGAAUAAGGUGGUGUGCUAUGCUCAUCCAGAUGCCCCGCUCAUUGAGGACUAUAGGGCGGGUGACAUGAUAUGCUCAGAAUGCGGCCUCGUCGUGGGGGAUAGAGUAAUAGAUGUGGGUUCUGAAUGGCGUACAUUUAGCAACGAAAAGUCUGGCGUAGACCCAUCUCGUGUUGGUGGACCGGAAAAUCCACUGCUAUCUGGUGGUGACCUCUCCACUAUCAUCGGACCUGGUCGAGGAGAUGCCUCCUUCGACAGUUUUGGGGUUUCCAAGUAUCAGAACAGAAGGAACAUCAGCAGCACGGACAGAGCACUUAUUAAUGCAUUUAGAGAAAUCAACACAAUGGCAGAUAGAAUUAAUCUGCCGAAGACGAUUGUAGACAGAGCUAAUAAUUUGUUUAAACAGGUACAUGACGGUAAAAAUUUAAAAGGCAGAGCGAACGACGCUAUAGCCUCCGCGUGUCUCUACAUAGCAUGUCGACAAGAAGGUGUACCUCGUACCUUCAAAGAGAUCUGCGCAGUCAGCAAAAUCAGCAAAAAGGAAAUCGGCAGAUGCUUCAAAUUAAUCCUCAAAGCGCUUGAAACAUCUGUGGAUCUCAUCACAACAGCAGAUUUCAUGUCUCGGUUCUGUUCCAACCUUGGUCUUCCGAACUCGGUGCAACGAGCAGCGACGCAUAUUGCGAGGAAAGCCGGGGAACUCGAUAUUGUAUCGGGCAGGAGUCCUAUAUCGGUGGCUGCGGCUGCUAUUUAUAUGGCGUCACAAGCAUCCGAAGACAAGCGCAGUCAAAAGGAAAUCGGAGACAUAGCGGGUGUGGCGGACGUGACAAUCAGACAGUCGUACAAACUGAUGUAUCCCUUCGCGGCCAAACUCUUCCCAGAGGACUUCAAGUUCGCUACACCUAUUGAAUUCCUUCCACAAAUGUAAUUUUGAGUGCUGUUUAUUCUUUACUUUUACAGUUGGUUAGAUAAUGCUGGUUUUGUUUCAAGAUUAUUUAAAAUAUUGUAUAAUUUUUAGUUCAUAUUUUACGAGACAUGGAGAUAGGAGAGGAAAAUUUGAUAUUUCAGAUCUCUUAUACAUAGUUCUAAAUGGAACUAGACUCAAACUCAAACAUUUAUUUAUUCAAUUAGACUUCUUUCAAAAGUGCAUUUGAGAGAAAAUAUGGUCCUUGAUCUAGUUGUAUCAUCUGAAAAUGAAGAUAAACUGUAAAAAUAAUUUUAGAUUUUUGAAUUUUUUCAUUUAGUUUAAUAUGGCUCUAUUUCCAUGAUUCUUUUUGUAAUCUUAACCCAGAAGAUAUUUAACUGACUGUAAAUUUAAAGAUAAUGUUUAAUUUAACAUUAAGUUUAUUGAUAAUGUGCAUAAAUUACAAAGUGCUUUAAUUUAAUAAGAUUUACUCUUAAUUCUUACAGAAGUUUCACAAUAUGUUGAUUUAUUAUAUUUGCAUUUCACAAUAAAUCUGU